UCCAAAGUAAAUGGGCUCUCAGCUUUUGGUCCACUUCGAAAUUAUUGAAAGCUGGUGAUGAUAGCGUUUGAACCCACCCGUUUGGGCCAUUGCCGCCGGUUAAUCAUCUCCUUCUCCAACACGCUGCCGCGCCGGCGCCGGCAAUUUCGUAGAAAUAAUCGACUCAUAGAACUUUGCUAAUGUUCGAUUGCUUGUUUCCCCUCACGCGAUUAACUUAACCGAUUCUCAUGGCUUGUAAUUCCAACUUCAAUCCCUGGUUCUCGCGCUCAGUGCCUCUCCCAAAGCGCCAUAAAGCCAGAACCCUAAUUCCAAUUUUAUGCAGCUCGAGCGCUAACCCAGAGAAUGCAGAAGAAUCGAAGAAAUUGAAGAGAACUCCACUGGAACUAGUCAAGUACUCAGUAACAAUGACUGUGGUCUCGGCCUCAAUUCCGCAGGCCGCUUCGGCCGCGGCGAAAGUCUCGGAGAAGAAGCGAUUGGGGAAAAAAACCGAGUCUUUGACCCCAGAGGAGUUGCUGAAAUGGACGAAGGGGCUGCCUGUGGUAUCCCAGAGGCUUCCCUACAGCGAAGUCUUGGACUUGAAGAGAGAAAAUAAGGUCAAGCACAUUGUGAAGCCGCCGAGCGCGGCGCUGCGGCAGCGGCCCGAGGUGGUUUUGGUGGUUAUGGAGGAUAAUAAGGUGGUUAGGGCAGUGUUGCCUUCAGCUGAGAGUGAUUCCAAAUUCUGGAAAGAAUGGGAUGAGCUGAAGACUGAUGGAAUCUGUAUGAAUGCGUACAGUCCCUCUUUGAAGAAGCCUGAUAUCCCAGAGCCUUAUCUCGGGUUCUUGUCGAAGAUUCCAAUAUGGAUGUUUUCAUUGGUGAAGCAGAGGCCUCUGUCGAAGAAGGCAUUGGAGCUUAAGAGGAUGAGGGAGGAUUUCAAGAGGAGGAAAAACGAGGAGCUGGCGAGGAUGAGGGCAGAGAGGGUGACGAUGGAGAAGGCAAUGAAGAUGCAGAAGAAGAUGGAGGAAAGGGAGAAGAGGAGGGAGAUGAAGAGGGUGAAGUAUGAGGAGUCGCUGCGCCAGGCACGCGAGAGCUCCGAGGAUAUGGCCAUAAUUUGGGAUAAAUUAGCUAGUGAUUCGAAUGUGGCAACGGCUCUUGGGUUUGUUUUCUUUUAUAUAUUUUAUAGGACUGUUGUUCUCAACUAUCGGAAGCAGAAGAAGGAUUAUGAGGAUAGGCUGAAGAUAGAGAGGGCGGAGGCUGAGGAGAAGAAGAAGAUGAGGGAGUUGGAGAGGGAAAUGGCGGGAAUUGAGGAGGAGGAUGAUGAGGAGGAAGGGGGUGCUAAGGGGGAAGAUAAUCCUUACUCGAAAAUGGCAAAACAGUUCAUGAAGUCUGGUGCUCGAGUUAGGCGGGCGCAGAAUAGGAGGCUUCCACAGUACUUAGAGAGGGGUGUGGAUGUGAAGUUUACGGAUGUUGCAGGGCUUGGGAAAAUCCGGCUUGAGCUUGAAGAGAUUGUGAAAUUCUUUACCCAUGGGGACAUGUAUCGCAGGCGUGGUGUCAAAAUACCAGGUGGUAUACUUCUUUGUGGCCCUCCCGGAGUGGGGAAGACAUUAUUAGCAAAAGCCGUUGCUGGUGAGGCAGGUGUAAACUUCUUCUCCAUAUCUGCAUCUCAGUUUGUCGAAAUAUAUGUGGGAGUUGGUGCUUCUCGUGUUCGAGCACUGUAUCAAGAAGCAAGGGACAAUGCUCCAUCUGUUGUUUUCAUUGAUGAACUGGAUGCUGUUGGAAGAGCACGUGGUUUGAUUAAGGGGUCUGGUGGACAAGAACGCGAUGCUACGUUAAAUCAGCUUCUUGUGUGCCUGGAUGGGUUUGAAGGCAGAGGAGAAGUCAUUACUAUUGCUUCUACAAAUAGGCCAGACAUUUUGGAUACGGCACUUGUCAGACCAGGGAGGUUCGACCGGAAAAUAUUCAUUCCCAAGCCUGGACUGAUUGGUCGUGUUGAGAUUCUGAAGGUUCAUGCUAGGAAGAAACCAAUGGCCCCUGAUGUGGAUUACUUGGCUGUUGCCACUAUGACUGAUGGAAUGGUUGGUGCUGAGCUAGCCAACAUCAUUGAGGUUGCUGCUAUCAACAUGAUGCGUGAUGAAAGAACCGAGAUUACUACUGAUGAUUUGUUACAAGCUGCACAAAUAGAAGAAAGAGGGAUGCUAGAUAAAAGAGAGAGAAGCCCUGAGAUUUGGAAGCAAGUAGCUAUAAAUGAAGCCGCAAUGGCUAUAGUUGCUGUCAAUUUCCCUGAUCUUAGAAAUAUCGAGUUUGUGACAAUUUCUCCGAGAGCUGGAAGAGAUUUGGGUUAUGUACGCCUGAAAAUGGACCACAUUAAAUUUAAGGAAGGAAUGUUGAGCCGGCAGUCUCUCUUGGAUCACAUCACUGUUCAACUUGCACCGCGUGCAGCGGAUGAGCUCUGGUAUGGGAAAGAUCAGUUGAGUACGAUCUGGGCGGAGACAGCGGAUAAUGCUAGAUCUGCUGCACGAACCUUAGUUCUUGGUGGUCUUUCCGGGAAGCAUUAUGGUUUGAACAAUUUCUGGACGGAAGAUAGAAUCGAUGAAAUUGAUUCAGAGGCGCAGCAAAUCCUCGACGUCUGUUAUGAGCGUGCAAAAACGAUUCUUGACCGAAACCGUGAGCUUUUGGAUGCCGUUGUGGAGAGGCUGGUGGAGAAGAAGAGUUUGACCAAGCAAGAAUUCUUCAACUUAGUUGAGUUGCAUGGAUCUCUACAAACUAUGCCACCUACCAUACUUGAUAUGAGGGCCGCGGCACAGUUGCAACUGCAAAAUAUAAUGGCAGGCACCGUGGAAGCAGCUCAUUCGAGCCUUUCAACAUGAUCGUCAAGGCAAAAAUCGGAAGAUGUUGUGUUUUAGCGAUGAGGCCUCGAAGCUUCCAUCAACCGGGAAUGGAGGUAUGGGCGUGCGUCCUCCGUUGACAAUGACAACGUACAGUUUUUGCAGAUUAGGCCGAGUUUGUUGAUGAAUCCCCACCACACUUUAUAGGUCUUGUGUUACUGUGCCUGUUGUAGCGCUUUUUCUAUUGGUUUUUUAAUCGAUUAUUCACCAAAUGUAGAAUAUCCACUCUUAUCUCUUAAUUAUAUCAAAACAUAAUUUUUUUAGUAA